UAACCAAUUCCUUUUCAGCAGCCUUUAGUUUAAAAAAUUAUUAAAAUACUUAAACGAUGUUGCAAAUAUUUAAUCUACUUUCAUGUAAAGUAGGACUACUUCUGGUAUUGUUGCAGUUUAACUGUUUAACUGCCGUUAUGGAAGAAAAUUGGCCACGGAUGACGUAUUAUCAAAAUGACGUCACUCAUCUCGGUCGUAGAUACAAACUAUCUUCCAAACAACUCGAUUUCCCAUUGGCUGAGCAAGCGUGUCGUGACGAUGACGCGAUACUUGUGGUUGUCAAAGACAAAAACCUUUCUGACGUCAUAAUUAACAUGGUUAACGCGAGUUCAUUCAAUGGGGAAUACCCGAACCUGAGAAAAGAUGGUGUUUGGAUAGGACUUGAGUUGGUUGAUAAUAAACACGGGUAUUGGGCGGAUGGAGGCGUUCUUAAUGAAACUAGGUUUGAGAACUGGGCUCAACCACCAGACACAAGGAACGGACAUUGUGUCCAGUUGUGGGGUGCUUAUCUUUGGAAAUGGGAUGACACAUAUUGUGAUCUGUCUAAGUUCUUUAUAUGUGAGGACAAAGAUCCUACGUCAUACACAAGUGAGGACGUGGGAAUGCUGGCGACUUCUAUUCUCCAAUUAUCCACAACACAAGCCAAUACAAGUAUUUUGAACCUUGUCGCGAGCAAGUUGAAUAAUCUGCUUGAAAUAAAUGAAGAUAUCGAAGACGAAACAUUUUCAAGCAAGGAUGUUCUGCUGGCAGUUGAUAGAGUGGCAAGGAAUUACAAUUUAACUACAGAGGGAACCUUUACUGCAAAUUUCACCAAUGUAGAAGUUACCAUUACAAAUGAAAAAAAUGCAACUGAUGGGUUGACACUUGGGGAAGAUAUCACCACAGAGUCUUCAAGCAGUGUUUUGUUAUCAAAUCAACUUAAAGAAGAAGCAAUUAAUAAGAUGGACAGUGAAUUUCAGAUCAGUUCAUUGGUUUACAGAAAAACUGGUCUUUUUGAACCUCAAAACCCUGACUAUUCUGCAUUGAAUUCAAUCCCACAAAACAGAAAGUUUGGCGAUGGUCCCAUAGGCCAGUUAUACCCAACCAUUAUGACGCAUGUUAUAUCAGCAGAUAUACGCAACACAGUAAUGCAGGAUCUUAAGCACCCUGUGUUCAUUUACCACAAUAUCCCUAAUCAUCAAAACUUCACACCCAAAAUAAUAGAACCGGAUGUUAAAAGCAAAACUGCUGAGCUUUGCGUUUUUUGGGACUUCAAUGCUAACAAUGGGGAUGGAGAUUGGUCACAAAAUGGCUGCUCAAUGAUAAACAGUUCAUCUAUUAUUGGAUCUUCUAACAAAACACAUCUUGUUACAUGUUCAUGCAAUCAUAUGACACACUUUGCAGUUAUACUGAGCACAACAUUAACCUACGAACCACAGUAUCUUACCCUACUUACAAUAAUUGGAUGUUCCAUCUCUAUUAUUUGCCUUCUUGCCACUCUAGGCACCAAUUUAUACUUCAGGCAACUUCGAACAAAACUUCCGCAGCAAGUUUUGAUGCAUCUUAGUGGGAGCAUAAUUCUGCUCAAUCUUUUAUUUCUAAUCGGGAUUGACCUAAACAAAAAUGACACCAGCUGUUUCGUAGUCGCUUUAUUCCUACAUUAUGCAGUACUGCUGGUGUGGUGUUGGAUGCUUGUUGAAGCUGUCUUCUUGUUCAGAACUUUAGUGAUUACUCGUGUUGAAUCAAGUAGUGGGAAAUGUUUUAUUUGGUCGGCUGCGUUAAUCAGCUACAGUGCGCCUGCUAUUGUAGUUGCUGCAAGUGCAAGCAGUCUUCCAAAAGAAUCUUAUCAAAGUAUGAAAUAUUGUUGGUUGGCAAGUGACCCCCUUCUGUAUUCAAUUGUGUAUCCGAUUGCCGUCAUGCUGUCACUGAACCUGCUCAUAUUUUUCAUUGUCAUGUACAAUAUAACAUACCGUUCGCAGAUGUUCAGAAAAAAUGUAAACUUGAGAAAAAUAUCCCAAGCUGUAAAACGUGCAUUGUGUAUGCUGGUAGUCCUUGGUUUAGCAUGGGUUUUGGGGUAUGUUAUGUUGUUAAGUCAGGACAAAGCAACAAAAGACAUCUUCACAAUUCUCUUCACAAUUUUGAAUUCUUUACAGGGCUUUUUUGUAUUUAUCUUGUACUGCUUCCGACAAGAGAAUGUUCGGAACUUGUGGUUGAGGCCACUUACAAGACGAUACCAAGUUAAUGUGAAACGAAUUCGUUUUCGAAACCGAGCACAGAACUUUACUAAUGACCAAACACAGGAUGCUACUGCAACUGUUGAUAAUGUUUCACCUACAAGAAAAACCUCUGAAGAUAUUUUAUCCUCACGACCAGGAAACAAUAUGGUUGAUACAAAACCAAAGCCUGCACAGCGAUCUCAUAUCAACACCCCACCCCCUCCUCUGCCUGUAAAAACUUCAGUUGAUAAUGAGAAACCAUUCCGAAGUGGCUGGGCAUAAUACUGUGCAUGCGGACUUGUGCAAUUGUUUAUUAAUUUUUAUUAAUGUAUAAUAUACAUAAAAUGUAAAUACAUUUUAUUUUAUUCAAUCAAUCAGGUAUGUAUGCUUUAAGGUAUUUUUAUUGUAACUGGCUACUUGAACAAAUUUUUUAAACGUUUAACUCAGUAAGGGCAAACUCCAUUCAAAUUGUGAAUACAAAAUACUAAAUGAAUCCAUACCAGUGUUUGACUACCUCUUUUAUUAUAACUGUCUAGCUAGAACCUGACAAUUCUUGAAAAUAGGCUUCUUCACAUUGCCAGUUACAACAGUCGUUAUAACAUGCAUGUUCGAUUGACAACAACAUUGCCAAAUUAGUAAUUUUCUGUUACGAUGAUGAUUCUUCAUAUAGUUAGAUUCUUGUAAAUGUUCAAUUAU